AUGUCGUUGAAGGGUCUGAUUCAGGAGAUGAGAGGAGAGCUGGGGAGUAUCUCGAGGAAAGGAUUCGGGUAUGGGAGGACGAGGUCUCAGCGAGUGGUGCAGGACACGUGUGUUCCCGUGGAUGCUUUUAAGCAGAGCUGUUGGGCAAGUAUGCCUCCGGAGCUCCUCAGGGACGUUCUGAUGAGGAUCGAGGCGUCCGAGCACACUUGGCCUUGUCGCAAGAAUGUGGUUGCCUGCGCGGGUGUUUGCAGGAACUGGCGAGAAAUCGUCAAAGAGAUCGUCAAAGUUCCUGAAGUUUCCAGCAAAUUGACUUUUCCAAUCUCCCUCAAACAGCCUGGGCCAAGGGGAUCACUUGUGCAGUGCUAUAUCAUGAGAAACCGCAGCAAUCAGACUUACUAUCUCUACCUCGGCCUCAACCAAGCUGCUUCAAAUGACGACGGAAAGUUCCUUCUUGCUGCAAAGAGGUUUCGGAGGCCAACUUGCACUGACUACAUCAUCUCCUUGAACUCUGAGGAUGUCUCCAGAGGAUGCAACACCUAUAUCGGAAAGCUAAGAUCCAACUUCCUGGGGACCAAGUUCACUGUCUAUGAUGCUCAGGCCACGAAUCCUGGAGCUCAGGUCACCAGAACCCGUUCAAGCAGACUUCUCAGUUUGAAACAAGUGAGCCCGCGAGUUCCCUCUGGCAACUUUCCUGUUGCACAUAUCUCUUAUGAGCUUAACGUCUUGGGUUCCAGAGGACCGAGGAGGAUGCAUUGUGUAAUGGAUGCCAUCCCUGCAUCUGCAGUAGAACCCGGAGGAACAGCUCCGACUCAGACGGAACUUAUCCACAGCAAUCUCGAGAAUUUCCCGUCCUUCUCCUUCUUCAGGUCCAAGUCAAUCCGCUCGGAGAGUCUCCCUUCUUCCCACAAGGAAGGACUGCUUGUCCUGAAGAACAAGGCCCCCAGAUGGCACGAACAGCUCCAGUGCUGGUGCCUCAACUUCAACGGGAGAGUCACUGUUGCCUCCGUCAAGAACUUCCAGCUCGUAGCUGCUCCAGAGAAUGGACCAGCUGGACCGGAGCACGAGAACGUGAUUCUACAGUUUGGGAAAGUCGGGAAAGAUGUCUUCACAAUGGACUACCAGUACCCAAUCUCUGCCUUCCAAGCCUUCACCAUUUGCCUUAGCAGUUUCGACACCAAGAUAGCAUGUGAAUGA